CAGUCUCUGGAACUUGCGGGGUCAAGUGGUUGAUCCAUCAUCCAUGCUCCACGUUAUGCGUUGAGCGUGGUGCUGGGAGAGCCGGCUUGGGUUUAUAAACUAUUACCAUCGAGUCUGGUCCUUCUGCCGCCUGCGAUCCAUCCAACUCACCAGAUGUCUAAAACUAGGACUGCCGUUGUGACAGAACUACUCGAUACAUCAACGUUCAAACAGCCUUAUCACGAUGGCCGACGACGCUGCGGGCCUAGCCAAGGACAUGGCGGCCGUCAAAAUCGAGAAUGAGGAGCUGUCCUCUUCAAACGAGGCCGACGAGCGGAAACGACGGCAGGAGGACGAGCUGGAUGCCCUGCUCGAGGAAAUCCACCGGAGGAACAAAGGUUCCAUUUUCAUCUCCUUGUUUGGGCCUACGAGGCAUUCCGCUCGUGCGACAGCACGAUCCUGGUGGGCCGACGAUGACUCCGACCUAUGCAUGAGUGUGGACGAGGAGGCCAGAGCGAAAGGCUUCGUGACUGCUUCACACCCUUCAUUUGGGCUCUACCGCCGAAGACGAUUCUACACCAAACCGCGGGCGCCUUUGCCCAUGCCAAGCGACGAGGACACCAUCUUGCUUGAUGUCGAGGCCGAGGCCAAGUACGACCAUGUCUAUGGCGGCACCGUGUCCGUCGAAGGCUUCGGAAUGGAGUGGUGGGAUUGGGAAGAAAAUUUCGGCCCAGCAAGGCAACAGAUAUUCCAGUUCUCCAGGGGUAUCAUGCCCCCUGUGAAAUCGGUCAAGAUGCUACGACGCACGGAUGAGUUGGCACGGGCGAAUGUUGAGGAGGAUGGGGAGGAGAGAGUGGACGACGGGGACUUGAUGGAGUUCUUUGGCGAUGAGGCAUUCGCGUUCAGGGGCGGAAGGACUUACAACUCCACCUACCUCAGCAAGCUAUCCGAUUGUAUUCGGAGUCUCUAUAGCAUCCUCAACCGGGAGGAUGUAUUUGUCGACUUCUCCACCCGUACCGUCUUCAGCCUCGAGCAGGUAGCGGCGGAAGAGCAGUGGAGGGGAAUGAACGUGUGGGAUCUCUUCUUCCAGAUGAUCGCCGGCCAGGAACUCGCACGGCUGCUCGAGAAGCUCGAUCUGGGAUCAGCGGACGGCAUGACGCCGCGUGUACUUGCCUCGGUCUUAAUCGCCGACACCUGGUUCCGAGGAUCGAAAGUCGAACACGUGGAUUGGGUUGUAGAUUUUGCCUCUUUCAAGAAGGAACCCGGCUCGGCGAGGGAUGAAGACGACGCCGAGAAACUAAGGCACGAAGCGGAACAACUAGCGCUUCAAGGAUGGCACGACGAAGCUGUCGAAACAUACACCAAGGCGAUCAUGAAGCAUCCGCACAACCCGACAACGUGGCUGCAGCGCGGUCUCUCGUUCGAGAAACUCGGGGACAUGACGUCCGCAAGGGAGGACGCCUAUGCGGCUACGAGGCUCGACCCGCGCAACGCGAACGCCUGGGCCCAGCUCGGUGCGGCGGAGAUGGGUUUUGGGAAUUGGGAGCGGGCGAAGGACGCGUACGGACGGGCAGCUGACCUUGCCGGGCCCAACUUUGUCUCCAUGACGGGGUCGCACGCGAGCACGACGAUGCAACGUGGGGUAGACAUGGCACAGGCUCACCUUGAAUCCGAGGCGCAGGAAUUACGAAACGCGACGGAUCCCCUUGAAAAGAAAAGACGGGAGCGGUUGGCGCUGGAGCGAGCGUGGGACCCCACGCUGAAGUCGAUGCAGAUUCGGUCCAAGGUGCACGAAAGGCAGGUCGAAGGCUUGAUGCACUUCGCGGAGCGGUUGCAGUGGCCUUACCUGGAGGAACUCAGGGGCUACGCGACAAAGGCGUACGCCGAGUUCCUCUCGGGCGGGCAGAUGCUGGGCUUCGUGCACGACUGGUUGUACGGACUUACAUUGCCCGGGCGGUGGAUGGCUCUCAAGUUGAUGGGGACCAUGAUCCUCUGUACGCCUUCAACGAAGGAGGCUGGGCCAUCGUUUUACUUUGACAGCGGCGUUGUCGUGGAAGGUCGGGAAGGUCGGGAAGGAGAGUCGUGCAGUUACUGGCGCUCUCGGACGGCUUUAGGGCGAAUCCUCGCGCCGUUGCCGGGAGUGGUCUCCUUGUGUGGCUGGGUCGGCCGGUGCCCCGCUGUCGAGAUGGUCUCGUCGACGACAUCGACGGCAUCGACGACACCACCCGCGAAGGCAGAGAGUCAAGGACAAAAGAAGUUGCUGCACGUUCGAAUCAAGGCGGAGAAGACCGUACCCAUCACUAUGGAUCUCGAGUCCGACGAGGCGAUGGCGUACAGCUACGAAUAUGCCACCCGGCUCACGAGCCUGAGUAUCCUUCCCGGGGAGGAUAGGGCGGCGUACCUCGCUGCGAUGCACGACCCCACCCAAUGGGUGGUACCUCGUCCUAAAGCCCACGUGCAGACAGCGACUCCGACGAGAGUCAAACUGCAAGGGAUCCGAUUGACGAGGCUUCCCUGGACCGCGGAACGACAGCGUACUGUUGCCAACGGGACCUUCCCCAAAGACGAAGCGGAGGUGGAAACCCAGUACGAGGCCAGCAUUAGCUUCCGAGUGGGCGGACCAGGACCAGAACAUGAGAGGACUAUCUCGCACACUAUCAGGAUGAACCCACUACUGAUUAGCUUGCCUUCCUGUAAGCGACCUGAGGGGGCCGAAGGGCAUGCUGUGCACGAGAGGGAGAGGGAGCAGUACGAGGUGGUGGCCUGGCCAGUGGACCGGUUAGGGGAAUAUGAUGGAGAGGCGGAAAAGGACGGCAAGGUCCUGGUUAUCGAUGCGCGGGGAGCCGAGGCCGAAGUCAUGGCGAGGGCAUGGUGCGCGGAGAAGGGGCGACAUGCUGUCGUCUGGCGAGAUGCCUGCGGGGCAGACUCGAGAGACGGCGAUGGAACUGAAGCGUCGUGUUGUUAUACAUGCGCCGUUCGGGCGGCGGGGAGAGGAGCUCUGUAUGUGUGUGUAGUGAUUUGGACUUUUUGAUGCGUGUCGGAUGGGCGGGAUGGGUACUGGGUCAAGCAGCAGGGAUUAUUGUCCAUUAUCCAUUAACGUUACCCCUGAAAGUUGCCGUAGCCACGCCGUCUUUUACAUUUUGGCAUGCUCUAUCAUGCAUCCACAGGACAUACUCUCCCUUUCCAUAUAAAGUCAUAGCAAACAGUUAAAAUCAAAAAUCCAAAGCUACUCACUGGUGGUU